AUGAAUAACGUUAGACGUGCCGAUCUUGCUGUCACAUACAAGCAUAUUCCUGCGCCCAAGACGGCGUACUCAACGUCGGCACAAGGAGUGCUUUCGCAAUCGAUGCCCAUGGCAGCCAUGUUCAUGAAAAACAAGUUUUUGGCGUGGUUCGGGCUCCUGAGCACGUUCCACAAUUUUCUCACGGACACAACGAGCUCCGGAGGUGCUGGCCAGCAACCUCCUGUCAUGCAACUUGUUUUGGGCCUCGUAAGUAUACUAGUGUGCUACAUGGGUCUAGCAUUGCCACAGCCCGACGCACCAGCACCCAAAGCGGCCCAGGCGCCAGUUGUCACAAACAAUUAA